AUGCGUGAGAAAACCAAGAGACUUGUGACUUACGGUAAACCAAGCUCACAUAAGUCUCACAACUUCAAGAACAGGGUAGAAGAGGGACCAACAACUCCCAUUAUCUCUAGUGGUGUUGAGGUUUCAAAUACCUUGACUCAAUCGCCAGGCAGUGAUUCUCGGCAAUUCUGUGGUGUUGACUCACUUGAUCAUAGUCCUGACGCGCACAUACUAGGUUCCCAGAAUAGCCAUGGGAAAGCCUAUGAUGUCAGCGGAACAAAGCGCAGAAAGCUCCAGGAAAAAGCGCAACAAACUCAGGAGCACAGUGUGAGUGCUGAUAGUCAUAUUGGGUCUAUCUUUGCACAUGAAAGUGCUACGAGAUUUAGCGAAACCGAAGGUUCGAAUUGUGUCAAGGGCAAUGAGGCCCUCCAUAUGGCCAAAGCUCGAGACCAAAGUGAUGGUUGUAGCCUUCCAAAGGGAGCUCAGGCUGAAAUCGCAAGGAAUGAACAGGCUCCUACAGAAACAACCUAUAUGCUUCAAUCUCAUCGGGAUAGAAAGUUUUCUCUCAAGACCGACAGGCUUUCUACAUCAUAUCUCAGCGCCGUGGAUGCCACCAGGCACCAAACGAAACAACCAAGUCUUCGGAAGAGAUUAGUUGAUUCAUUGGACUCAACAGAAGGGGUGCCACUGGAUUUUCUGUCAGAUCGUGAAUGUCAGUCCGACUGCCAAACGCCCUCUAGCCGUACCUGGAAAGGAAUCGAUCGACAGCGUACUGCGUAUAUACAUCGAUCUAAGGCUCCUGGUAUAGACAAUAUCCAACGGUCGCCUAAUUCCGGACCAUCGAUAUCUGGAAAGUCUAGGGUUACUUAUGCACACCAGCGUUCCUUCCUAAAUGAUGCUUCUGUCUUGGGCCACACUGAAGAACCUGGCCUAUUAGUUUCCUCAGGAUGUCAUAGUCUUAGGCAGCCACAGCCAAAUUCAGGGCUGCUAUCUCAAACCUACUCGCAUGUUGAAGACGAUGAAAGCCUCAACAGCAGGCCGGUUCGAAGCAUCCAUGAGUUAAGACAGGCUGGAGACAAUGCACGCUUUUGGGAAACAGUGGAUUUAAUCUUCGAAGAUAUCGAGGACCCUCACAAUUCCACAUCGGAGGUGUGCAAUGGCUUUGUUCAACUGUGUACAAAACUUAUGGAGCCUCGGUUUUUAGGCCGUUUUUCCGAAGCUGGCUUUGGCGAACGACUGGUGAAAUGUAUUACAGGUGGGGGUUUUGAUAUAGUUUCAACCACUCUUGCCCUAUGCGCUUAUAGAUUGAUAUGGAUCAGCGGCUCUUUCUCGUCUGCACCAUCAACACCAUUUUGGCCCAAACUUUUGGAUAUAUCUCCCACUCUACUUGACGUCGAAGACGAUAUAUCAGUUACCGCGAAACAGCGAUAUAUCGGUCUAUCAAAAGCUGUCCAAGCAUCCUUGAAGAGUCUUUUGCCACGGUUGUCCCUUGCAAUAUACGGAAAGCGGUCGAUGUCAACUAUUUCACCGCGUCUGCUGAUUCUUUUGAAUAUUCAAUCUUCUCUAACUGCCUUUCAAGAGAAGGGCACCAAUGUUGAUAUCCCUUCACCGCUUCUAACCCUAAUUACUGAGUUGCUAUUACCCGAAGCUUGUGAGAAUGCGAAAUUUCCUCUGCCCUUUGAACGUUAUCAAACGCUCAUCCUGACUUUGUCGAUUCUGGAAACGUAUACAAUCCUAUCGGGUCCAUUGGAUCCCGACUGCUGCAACUCCUUUCGGUCACUUGUUCAGUGUUAUAACUUUCUCUAUCCGAACCAGGGUGAUCAAAGCCGGCGGAUUCUGAUCCUAUACAUUCGGGUACUGUUAAACCUUACCAACAAGGACCCAUCUCUUUGUGAGGAGUGCUGCAGAACUGAAAUUGUUGGUGGACUUGUCAAGGUCAUCAUUUCAGAAUUUUGUGCUGUGCCCGAAGAAACCACUGGUAAAGAGAUCAGCUCAGUAGAUGCGGUAAUAUUAGCUCUGGGUGCUCUUAUUAAUCUUGCAGAAAAAAGUGAAUCAUCGAGAGCUAUUUUUCUGGAGACAACAAGUACUUCUGAAUCUUCCCUCGAUUUGCUCUUACAGCAAUUUUCUACCAGUAUCAGUUCUGUAUCCCAGGCACACUCCGUUUCCGAAGUGCAGCAUAAUGUUGCUAUCGGGUACUUGUCAAUUCUUCUAGUUACACUUUGUUUGAAUCCCAUAGCAUUGGCCCAGGUCAAGGUUUCUCUAGAUGGCAAAGGACUUGCAGCGGCACUAUCAACGGCCCAGGAGUUCCUUCGAUAUUAUCAAAAGGUUGAGAAAGAUUCGCGGUUGCUCGAGACACAACACGGACAUAGAACUGAACUUACGCCAAGAUUAGAGCGAAUUCUUUCCCAGAUACGAGAGGAAGAACGACAAUAA